AUGGGCGGAGGGCUUCGCUGCGGCAGCGGCUCGCUCUCGACGAAGCCGCUGAGGCCACAGGAUGGGCGGCCCGCGAUGCGCACCAGGAAGCGCCAGAAGGUGGUGUCGCCGAGCGACGGGCAGAGCGAGGAGAGCGGCCACGGCCCCAGCGGGCAUCGCCACCGCGGCUGA